ACUAAACCUUGCUGGCAGAUAACAAACUUGUCGACAAAAUUAGUGCGCCAAAACUCGCCGAAGUUGUCCGAAGUGUGAAAACUGCCAUGUCAAGUGGUGAUCCAGCACCAUUUUCACCAGGAGACUCAACUGUCUCCUCUGUAACAACAUGUGCACUGGGAGUAGAAGGUCCAGACCCACCUACACUGAAGAUGGUGGAUGGUCAAGAAUGCAUGGAUGCUACCAGUAUCACUGCCUCAGAAGUGUUGGAAAAUGGACUGUGUGCUCAGUUUCAUCCUGUGGGAGUGCAGCAACAACUCAAGAUGCGCAAUAAUGGCUCUGAUGUAGCAAUUGUAGAAGGGCUGGUGGAAGGUUCUAAUCACUCAGGGACUUUAGCUUUAGCAGUGACAACUGAGCAUGGCAACAAGUCAUCAGUGAAGGAGGCAGCUGUCUCUGAUGUUGUGGCACAGACAGCUUGGGUUCCUGCUAAACUGAAGAUGGCGGAAGAUGGCGGUCCGCCGACUGAAGCUGGUCCCUCCCCGACUACGGUGGCCACACUGACACAGCCUGUGGAUGCUGAACAGCAGCCAACGGCCCCUGAGGCCGAUUCGGCUCCUUUGGCUGUCUCAACUGCCAGGGAGCAGUCGGAUGCCGCUCCGUCCUGCGCGGGACCCGGGCUGACUAGCGCUGACGGUAGUUGUGGACGCGCGGCAGCAUCCGAUCCGGUCAAAGAGCGCUCCCCAUCCGCGGUCGGACCCCCGUCCGAUCCAUCGGCGACAGUGGGCGUCACAGUCGCUCCGGGAGGGACCGGACAACCCGUGGCAGAGAGGACCGAGGAAUCGGAAGGCCUGAGAGCGAUCGGACAAUCUUCGGCAGAGAGAACGGAGGGCUCGGAGGACCUGAGAGGGACCGGGCAGUCGGCGGCAGAGAUUAGCGAGGGGUCGGAGGGCCUGACUGUCACCUGUGACCCGGCAGCGUGCAGCCUCAGCUCCGCAGCCGCUCCCGGCACGGACACGCCAUCGGCAGAGGGGAACGGCGCUGCACCUUCAGCCAACAGUGCGGGCGCAGCUCGGAGCGGCGGAGAGGGCGCCGUCACCGUCCCGCCGCCGGACGGAUCUGAGUCGGAGCUGCUGGCCAUCGGCACCGUGCUGGUCUCGGGCGAGCGGCUGGUGUUCGCCUGCGCCGUGUGCUCGGAGGCGUUCACCUCGGCCGGUCGGCUGCGCUCCCACCACGGGCGGGAGCACGGACCGCCUCCGGAGCCCCGGGCGAGUCCGCCGCCGCCGGCCGAGGUCACCGUCGGCCGGCGCCGCCGCCGGCGGACCCGGUUCGUCACGACGGCGGCGACGGAGGAUGAGGACUCUCCCGAGGAAUACCCGGUGAUGGACGUGGAGGACAUGGCGGAGGGAGCGCGGCGCACCCGCCCGAGCCGCGGCCCCUCCACGUCCGGGGCGACGUCACUCAAGUGCGACCUGUGCGGGAAGGUGCUCUCCAGCGCCACCAAACUGGCCGUCCACCAGAGGAUGCACUCCGGCGAGCGGCCGCACAUCUGCACCUACUGCCCGAAACGCUGCAACGACCUCGGCAAUCUGCGCAAGCACGAGCAGCUGCACUUCAAGGAGCGGCCGUUCCGCUGUGACACGUGCACCAUCACCUUUUGGACGGCGAUUCGACAGCGCGCGCACCGCUGUAAACUGGCGCGGUCCCAGGAGAACUCGGACGAGGCUGGCGAUAGUAUGGACAUGACUGAGGCCGGGCAGAGCACGAGCACUGAGAUUCCUGAUGAGUCCAAGGAGACGAUGAUACUGGACAGUGAAAAUGUUCCGAUGGAGCUGAGCGGAUCGGGCCUGCCAGCACUGGCUGCCGCCGCUGAGCUGGCGGCGGCACGGCCGCCCCGCGAGCCGUCACCGAAGCGCGAGCCGAACGCCAACUCUGGCCAGGCGCCGGUGGUACCUGUGGACUGUGACGUGUGCGGCCGCCAGCUGCGCUCCGUCUCCGGCUGGCAGCGCCACCGGCGGCUGCACGCCGGCGUCCGACCGUACCUGUGCCGCUUCUGCGACAAAACCUGCAACGACAGCGGCAACAUGCGCAAACACGAGGCCGGCCACUUCAAGGAGCGGCCGUACCGCUGCGACACGUGCUGCAUCACCUUCGUCAACACGUGGCGGCUCGGCAUGCACCAGUGCAAGCUGCGCGCGGACGGCGGGCCGCCGACGGAGGGCAGCGCCCCGUCGCCGACCAUGUCGUCGGCCGCUGCAGAGGUGGAGGUGGAGGCGGUGCUGGAGAGCCGGCCGGCGCUGCCCGUGCCGCCCCCGCGCGGCCGCCACGCGCCGCCGCCGCAGCUGGACGCGCGCGGCCGCCGCCGAGACCACGUCUGUCCCGUCUGCAGCAAGGCGAUGCUCUCGUACGCCAGUCUGGAGAUGCACUACCGCACGCACACCGGAGAGAAACCCUAUCAGUGCGACGAGUGCGGCAAGCGGUUCAGCAUCCAGGGUAACCUGGUGGUGCACGCGCGCAUUCACACCGGGGAGCGGCCGUUCCAGUGUGACGAGUGCGGUAAGAUGUUCAUGUACCAGAGCCACCUGAAGGUACACAAACGGGGCCACAGCGGUGCACGCCCCUUCCGCUGCCAGUUUUGCCAAAAGGGUUUCGCUGCGUCGAGCUCCAAGCGAGUCCACGAGCAAACAGUACAUUCCAAUGAGCGUAAGUUUAUCUGCGAGGCGUGCGGCGCCACCUUCAAGGAAAAGAAACAUCUGAAACGGCACGGCUGGAGGAAACAUCAGAUCGGCGAGGAGCCUGUUCUGUAGCCAGCCCGAUGGGAAGUUGCCUUGACAACGGGCGGGCAAAAGCCGGUGCCGUUGAUUCCCUUGCGCCAGUUUGGUUUCACUGUUUCUUUUGCCUGCUGUAACUUGUUUCUUUUGCCUGCUGUAGCAUAAUAACGUAUCAGCGUUCACUCAGUUACCUACAUUAUUUAGUUGUCGUAUGUGCUCGUGGUACGACGCUUGUUCGUCUGUUCAGGUUUUCGUUGCCGGUUGUGAGUGUGACGAGCCGUGGUGGCUGGUGGUGUAUCGACUUGUGGCGCGGACUGAAUCUAUCAUAUCGUUUGUUUGUGCUGUAGAUGAAGCCAGUUCAGAUGCAAUAGUACGCCUCAAUCAUGUAUUUGAUAUAGAAAAACGAUAAAUAUACCUACUUGAUAGUAGUUAAUCCAGAGUUGUGCUGCAUCUUAAUCGCAAAAUAGACGUGCUGUUGGUAGCUGCGAGACGAUAUGCCUGCUUACAAUUUGUUUGGUUCGAAAAGGUUUACACGUGCUUGUACGCAUGCUGUGGAAUGUGCAUAAUAGAUGUGCGCAUUUUAA